AAGUCAACCAAACAAUUUGUGCUCCAGCUGAUUCGGUCGCCAUCUUUGUCACGAACAUAAACAACACCGCGGGUCGCCUUUGGCGUUUCUGUUUUUCUUUUUUGGAUGUACCGCCGCCACUCGGAGGAAAGCGACGCCGGUCCUCCCGCCGCCGGGCUGCCGGUUCCGUCCGGAGAUGAGGGCUGAUGUGGUGACCUGAGCCCCGCGCCAGUCGGGAUGGAAAUCCUCUGCGGGGCUUCUCACCGCGAGGACGCGGAGGUGUAAAAAAAAAAAAAAAAAACCCAGGGUGGGGGGGGGGGCUCCGGUCAGCUGUGAGGAGAUGGACCAGGAGUACGAGAGGAGGCUGCUGAGGCAGAUCAACCACCAGAACCUGCCGGCAGACCCCCGCCUCAAAAAGGCUCUGAGCGCGACCUGCAGCCCCGUCAGCGUGAAGUCUGGCGAUCGCUUCAUUCCCACCCGAGCUGGAAGCAACUGGAGCAUCAACUUCCACUACGCCAACGAGAAUUGCCGCUCUCCCAGUCAGAACCACAAAGCGAAGGACGCCAGUUCCGACUCCAGCAAAGACGCCGUGGCGUACGCGGCCCUGCUGAGGAACGAGCUGCUGGGGGCGGGGAUCGACACGGUGCCGGACCCCCACACCGACGAGCGGCGCCACGCCGUCCUGUCUCAGGACUGCCGCGGCGUCUUCAGGUACUCUGUCCACACCAGGAGAGCGCCUCUGGACGGUGACGGUGAAGUGUCCCCCUACUCCCUGUCCCCGCUCAGCAACAAGAGCCACAAGCUGCUCCGCUCCCCCCGCAAGCCGGCCAGGAAGAUCUCCAAGAUCCCCUUCAAGGUGCUGGACGCCCCGGAGCUGCAGGACGACUUCUACCUCAACCUGGUGGACUGGUCGGCGGGGAACCUGCUGAGCGUGGGGCUGGGGGCCUGCGUCUACCUGUGGAGCGCCUGCACCAGCCAGGUGACCCGGCUGUGUGACCUCUCUGUGGACGGAGACUCGGUUACGUCAGUGUGUUGGAACGAGAGGGGGAGCCUGGUCGCCGUCGGAACCCACAAAGGCUACGUCCAGAUCUGGGACGCAGCGGGAGGACGGAAGCUGACCAGCCUGGAGGGCCACUCGGCCCGAGUCGGCGCCCUGGCCUGGAACGGCGAGCAGCUCUCGUCGGGAAGCCGGGACCGGGUGAUCCUGCAGCGGGACGUUCGGACGCCGGCCGCCGCCGAGAGGAGGCUCCAGGGCCACCGGCAGGAAGUGUGCGGUCUGAAGUGGUCGCCGGACCACCAGCACCUGGCCUCCGGAGGAAACGACAACAAGCUGCUGGUGUGGAACAGCUCCAGCCUGCUGCCCGUCCAGCAGUACGGCGACCACCUGGCCGCCGUCAAGGCCAUCGCCUGGUCGCCGCACCAGCACGGCCUGCUGGCGUCGGGCGGCGGCACGGCCGACCGCUGCCUGCGCUUCUGGAACACGCUGACGGGCCAGGCGCUGCAGAGCACUGACACCGGCUCCCAGGUCUGCAACCUGGCCUGGUCCAAACACGCCAACGAGCUGGUGAGCACGCACGGCUACUCCCAGAACCAGAUCCUGGUGUGGAAGUACCCGUCCCUCACGCAGGUGGCCAAGCUGACCGGACACUCCUACAGAGUCCUGUACCUGGCCGUGUCUCCAGACGGCGAGGCCAUCGUCACGGGCGCCGGAGACGAGACGCUGCGCUUCUGGAACGUCUUCAGUAAGACGCGCUGCACCAAGGAGUCCAAGUCGGUGCUGAACCUCUUCACCAGGAUCCGAUAGGACGGCGUGGCGGCUGCGCUCAGAGACUGACCUCCUGACCCCUCCUCUCAGCACCAACCACACUUCAACAGAACUCCCUUUUUCUUUUUCCUUUCCAUGAAGGAUGCAGCUAAACCCUGGAAAGCGCCGUCCCUCAGUGGUUGAACCCAAACGGAGCAGCUCGCCGCCGCCGCGACCCGGUUCCUGUUCUUCUGUUGUGGGAGUGAUGGAGUUGUUGAUCAGCAGAUUUUACUGUCCAGGAGUUCUGAGCUGCAUCACGUGACGAUAAAGCAUCAUUUUUUUUUUUUGAGAAGACGUCUGACCAGGGCCGGGGCUUUCCUUCUUCUUUUGGUGAUAUUUUUUUAAUGAGCGAUUAUGAGUUACAGAAGACCAAUAAAUGAGAGAAGGCAGUUGCAGUUGCUGCAGCUGUGGCGACAGAUGAUGUAUUUAUUGGUUUUUUCAUGUCAGCUGAAAGACGGAGCGUUGGCUUUGUUGUGAAUGGUUACAGAAUGGCACUGUGGCACUUUUUCAUUUCGACCUGACUCAUUAAACCUGCUGCAGAGACCACUCUC